AUGGCGGGCGGCGGGCCCAGCGGGGAGGCGCUGACGCGCGAGUACGAGAAGCUGCGGCACCUGCACGUGGCGGGGCGCGAGGGCGUGGGCGCGUGGUUCUGGCGCCACAUGAGCCCGAUCCUGAUCAAAAAUGACGGAGGGGCGCCCAAGGAGGUUAAAUUGCAGUGCGAGUUUUGCAAGAAACGGUUCUCUGCACGCAACCCCAGUCGCACGGCAAAGGACCACCUGAAAUCGGGCGCAUGCUCAGAGUUCCAAAAGACGGAGGAAUUUGCGGAGAUGCGGCGGAAGGGCAGCGCGGCGAGCGUGGGCGGGAGAAUGGUGCGGCGAGAGGAUCCGGGCAUGGGGGACAAGGCCGACGGGCUGGGCAUCCCGGGGGCGGGGAAGCGGCUGAGGGUCGACAGCAUGGGCCACGGGCUGGCGGGCUUCGCCAUGGCCCCGCCGUGCCCGCCGGGCGCGGAGAUGGCGCCCGGGCACACGAUGCAGGACGACCUGGCGGCGGAGUGCCAGUACGCCGCCACGCUGCUGUCGAUCGGAAGAGAGGACAACGGAGCCACACACGAGGACCUUGUGCACAACCGCGUUGUUGGCGUCCUGGGGGGCGGCCAACUGGGGCGGAUGCUUGCGCUGGCGGCGGCUCGCCUUGGGGUGCGCAUUCGGACACUUGACCCCAUCGAGAAUGCGCCCUCCUCUUCAGUAGGGGCUGAGCACAUCGUCGGCAGCUACCAGGACAGGGAAAAGAUCAUGGAGUUUGCCCAGGGCUGCGAUGUGGUGACUGUUGAGAUUGAGCACAUCAACACCGAGGCACUGGAAGAUGUCCGGUCGGAGCUGGGCAUCAACGUCCACCCAAGUCCAGAAACACUCAGGAUAGUCCAGGACAAAUUCACCCAAAAGCAGCACCUGAUGGAACACAACAUCCCCGUCACGCAGUGUGUGGAGAUCAACACACCAGAUGACCUCCAGAACGCCUGUGCAAACGGAUAUCCCGUGAUGCUCAAAGCCAGGAGGUUGGCGUACGAUGGUAGGGGCAGCUACCUGAUCAGCAGUGCCGAGCAGCUGGACGAGGCUGUGGAGACGUUGGGUGGCUAUUCCAGCGGCCUUUACGCAGAGCAGUGGGUGUCCGCAACCAAGGAGCUGGCUGUGACGGUGACCCGCACCCGCGAGGGUCAUGUCCUGUCUUUCCCUGUCGUGGAGACCAUCCACAAGGAAGAUGUCUGCUUUGUGACGGAGGCACCUGCAAAUGUGCCGCAUGAGGUGGCCACUGAGGCACGCACCAUCGCCGAGAGGGCGGUGGCUUGUCUUGAUGGCGCAGGAGUCUUUGGUGUGGAGCUCUUCUGGGUGGAGUCCGGGCCCGUCAUCCUCAACGAGAUCGCCCCCCGGCCCCACAACGCCGGCCACUACACCAUGGACGCCUGCCAGACGUCCCAGUUCGAGCAGCACCUGCGGGCGGUGCUGGGCUGGCCGCUGAGCGACCCGAGCAUGACGUACGGCUGCUGCGUCAUGUACAACAUAGUGGGCGAGGACGACGGGGAGGAGGGCCUGAAGCGGGCCCAGGCGCUGCUGGCGCGGGCCAGGGGCCUCAGGGGCGCCCACGUGCACUGGUACGGCAAGGAAGACGUCGCGAAGAAGCUGAAGAUAGGCCACAUCAACAUCGUGGCAGGGACUCGAGAGGAGGCACGGGAACAGCUUGGCGCCUUGGACCCCAUGGCUGCGCAUUCACUGCAGGCCACUGACGUUCGACAGCAGAUGCCCAAUGGACACCCUAGCCAGGCAGUGGUUGGCAUCAUAAUGGGCUCCGACUCUGACUUGCCCACGAUGGCGCCCGCAGCAGAGGUCCUUGAGGACCACUUCGGUGUGCCUUGUGAGGUGAAGAUCGUGUCUGCGCACAGGACGCCAGAGAGGAUGGUUGAAUAUGCCAAGACUGCACACAUAAGGGGCAUCAAGGUCAUCAUUGCUGGGGCAGGCGGUGCUGCCCACCUCCCGGGCAUGGUUGCUGCCAUGACACCCCUGCCAGUGAUCGGUGUCCCCAUGACACCUGAGGGCGCCCACCUCGACGGCCUGGACGCCCUCAUGUCGAUCGCCCAGAUGGCCGAUGGCGUCCCAGUGGCCACAGUGGCCAUCGGCAAUGCCACAAAUGCUGGUCUGUUGGCCAUUCGGAUCCUGGCCGCCAACGACAAUGCGCUGCUCCAGUCCAUGAUGCACUACCAGGAGAACAUGAAGAAAAGCGUCACGGACAAGGCCAUCCGGCUAGAGGAGCACGGCUGGAAGAGCUACAAGAAGUAG